UGUGUGUGUGCGUGUGUGCAUGUGUGUGUUUAGUUUGUGAAGAGGGUGUGUGCUUGAAAAAGUGAAAAGGAGUUGAAGAAACCUCUGAGGAACUUUACACCCAAGAGCUAGGCUGCUAACGGGAGUCUCAGGACACAAAGGAAACCAGACAUUCACAGAGAUAAAAAGGCACACGUUUGCACACACGAAAAAAAAAAAACAUGUCUGAAUCUGCAGAGGCCGUGGCAGCCAACGUAGGCACCCGUCGGAAUGCGACCAUUGAGAUAUCCAACAUCACCAAUAACUACUGCUUGCUCAACCCCAGGGUCUUCCUGGAGAAUGGGGAGACGUUUAACCCCCCUCAACCCACCGUGCGCCCCCUGAAGACCGAGGUGUGCACCUUCAGCAAAACCAGCGCUAAAGCGAAGGGCAGUGUGGGGGUCAUGACCUAUGACCUCUUCGAGAGGAGCCGCAACGAUCACAUCGAAACUCUGGCCAUCAUGUGGUCUGUGCCCUGGGACUACAACCUCUACAAGAACUGGUUCGCCGUGGGGAUCUACCCCAAGAGCCGAGCCUGUGACGAGUCCCUGUACAAGGAGAUGUACUACGAGAAGAACCAGCAGGGCUUUGUGAGGGAGGAGGCCAACGGCUCGGGCAUUAAUUAUGUGGGAAGCUACCUGGACAUCAAGGCCACCAUGUCCCCCUUGGGUAAAGCCAUCAUGAAGGUGGAGGUGUGGGACAAGCUGUUCACCCCUGCCGGCCAGCAAGCGUACUGAUGAAGAAGUAAUGGCUGCUAGAGAGACAAAGCGUUAUGCCACAUUUGCUCACUGUUGUCACAUGGUCAAGGAAAUUAAACAAUAAACAAC